ACGCGCAGGUUUCUUCAGACUUUUGCAAGCAAGAUGGAAACGCGCCGGAAGUUUUAGCUGAGCUUCACGAUACCGCAUAUGCAGGCAUGCAUAUUCGCAGCUGUCUUUCAAGUCUUACACGCACAGCUCGCGAAGAUGUUUGCAGCAAUUUACUGAUAUUCGUUAACUGGUUUGUUUAUGUCAAGGGUUCAUAAGGGUCCACUUUGAAUUAACGUGCCUCCUCGUCAAAUUCUUCGUUCCUGAAGUGCGAUCCUACUCGCUGCUCCACAGCCUAUAACUGAGCAACCAGAGUACUGCUGUUCACGAAUUAGAUAAUAUUUCAGAAUGUUCAACAUAAGUGCUCUGAAGCUCUUGUUGCUGUAUCUAGCCGUCAUCGUAAUCACGGGAAGCUUGAUCUCUCUGCCUGACGAGGACGCCAAGAGAAGCACGGCAGAGCUUAUAGCCAGCAAGGGCUACCCCGUGGUGGAGUACGCUGUAAUAACCAAGGACCACUACAUCAUCACGAUGCAAAGGAUACCAGCUGGACGGGAAGGCGUCCAGCAAUGGCCGAAAGGUGGAAAGCCAGUGGCCUUCCUGAUGACCGGUCUCGAAUGCAGUAGCGCGGACUUCGUGGUAAACCUGCCACAUCAGAGCCUUGGUUUUAUCUUAGCUGAUCACGGCUUCGACGUGUGGCUGGGUAACGUCAGGGGCACCCAGUACUCAAGUCACGAAUGGUUGAGCAAAGAAAACAAAGAUUUUUGGGAUUUCAGCAUUGACGAAAUGGCCGCAUACGACCUGCCAGCACAAUUAGACUGGGUCCUUACAACGACUCAGCAGUCCUCCCUGCAAUACGUAGGGUGGUCCCAGGGAUGUGGUAUCUUGUUUGCCUUGCUCGCUGAAAGACCAGAGUACAACAAGAAGAUUCAACUUUUCCACGCCAUGGCGCCAGCAGUAUUUUUGGGUCACAUGACAUCACCGAUGAAGCGUCUGGAGCCGAUAUCGAAACCAAUAUAUGAAGUCGGUGAAUUUGUUCUCGGGGGAUCUUUGCUGGGAAAGCAUCUUAAUUUCAUCCAAGUAAUGAAACAACUCUCGUGCAACCCAGUUAUACCGAGCAUUUCCUGCACGGCGGCUUUCCUUUUCGUCAACAGAGGCUACCCUAUUGACAUAAACAUGACGAGGCUGCCUGUGUACAUGGGCAAUACCCCAUCGGGAACAUCGAUGCGAAAUCUGCUUCAUUACGCUCAGCUCACGAAGUCAAAGAGGUUUCAAAAAUUUGACUGGGGAGCGAAAAAGAACUGGCAAGUGUACAAGAAGCUACUGCCACCGAAGUACAACUUGAAAAAGGUCACAGCGCCAGUGGCCAUCUACUGGGGCGACGGAGAUGUGUUCGUCACCCCUCGUGACGUAGCUCGGCUCGCGAGAAUCCUGCCCAAUGUUGUGCUCAAUUACAAGGUGCCCUUGCACGGAUUUACACACUUCGACGUCACGUGGAGUAUUACAGCCUGGAAGCACCUCUACAAAAAGAUUUUGGAAAUGAUGAUAAAGUACACUCAUUUGACGCUUCCCGGGCACUCUGUGGCCGAAAAAUCGAACGGGUGAAAUAAAAAAAAAAACGCUAUGCACUUACA